CCUCGAUGAAUUUUCGUUGAAACACCCCGCUGGACUGGACGACCGCCUUAAACCAGUUCAAAGGUAUUUCUGACAACGUUCCUGUACCGGCCCGUCGCACAGAAACAACGUCGCCACGCCAAACAUGAGCGCGGCUCAGGCGAACGAAGCGGAGAAGAACAUUGAAAUAUGGAAAGUUAAGAAGCUGAUAAAGCGGCUUGAGGCCGCCAGAGGUAAUGGAACCUCGAUGAUAUCUCUCAUUAUCCCCCCCAAGGACCAAGUAUCCAGAGCAGCAAAGAUGCUUGCCGAAGAAUUUGGCACUGCGUCCAACAUCAAAUCACGUGUGAAUCGACUCUCCGUGCUUUCUGCAAUUACGUCCACUCAGCAGCGUCUCAAACUGUAUAACAAGGUACCUCCAAAUGGCUUGGUUGUCUACUGUGGUGAAAUCAUUACCUCGGAAGGAAAAGAACGGAAAAUAAACAUCGAUUUCGAGCCCUUCAAGCCUAUCAACACAUCGCUGUAUCUUUGUGAUAACAAGUUCCAUACCGAGGCGCUCAGCGAGCUUCUCGAAUCGGACCAGAAGUUCGGAUUCAUCAUCAUGGAUGGUAACGGUGCGCUUUUCGGCACCCUCAGUGGGAAUACCAGAGAAGUUAUCCAAAAGUUCUCUGUGGAUCUUCCCAAGAAACAUGGCCGUGGUGGUCAAUCAGCGCUGCGUUUCGCCCGUCUUCGAGAGGAAAAGCGUCAUAACUAUGUGCGCAAGGUGGCCGAGUUGGCUGUUCAGAAUUUCAUCACUAAUGACAAAGUCAACGUCGCGGGUUUGAUUUUGGCUGGAUCGGCCGACUUCAAGAAUGACCUUAACCAAUCCGACUUGUUCGAUCAACGCUUGCAGGCUAAGGUCAUUAAGGUUGUUGACGUUUCCUAUGGCGGUGAGAACGGCUUCAACCAGGCUAUUGAACUUUCUUCUGAAACUCUGGGGAGUGUCAAAUUUAUCCAGGAGAAGAAGCUCAUCGGAAAAUAUUUCGAGGAGAUCAGCCAGGACACUGGGAGAGUCUGCUAUGGCAUCGAUGACACGCUCAAAGCUUUGGAGCUUGGUGCGGCUGAGACGCUCAUCGUUUUCGAGAAUUUGGAUGUGACCCGCUGGACUCUGAAGUCCUCAAGCGGCUCUGAGGUCUUCCUCCAUACUACGAAGGAGCAGGAAGCAAACCGUGAACUCUUCAUGGACAAAGAGAACGGUCAGGAAAUGGAAGUCGUUGACCAAUGCUCCUUCUUGGAAUGGCUCGCUGAAAAGUACAAGGAGUUCGGCGCAAACUUGGAGUUUGUCUCUGACAGGUCUAGCGAGGGAAACCAGUUCGUGAAGGGCUUUGGUGGAAUUGGAGCCAUCCUUCGAUACAAAGUCAACUUUGAGCAACUUGCUGAUUACAGUGAUGAAGACGAGUUCUAUGACGAUUGACGGUUCAGCGACCUCGCACAGAGCGAGGACAUAAGGCCAGAAGUCCCAAAAGUGGAUCUUUUGACGGCACGCCCUUUAAGCUGUGUAAGCCGCGUGCAUGCGGCUCUCUUGGCAAUUCCACGGCUUCCGUGGUGCAUGCCGUGGAGUGGCCUGGUCUAAGUUCUGCGAAGCUUCGCAAUGGCCCGUCCAAGCUACGUAGUGUCGCUACUACGGAGUGAUUUUGAGUCGACACGAGGUGUAAUUUGCAAUGGUCGGCGGGUUCUUCAUAUUGAUUGAACCUCAUCGCCAUUCAACGGAGCUUACAAUAUAUCAAUUCAAAUUGUUUAUUUCUUGGUCACUAGUAUCCCUUUGUCCUUCCAAUUUUUGUACGUUCUUUUACAUGACCAGUGCAAGCUUCAAAGUGCUUCCCCGAGGUUAGAAGCCCUUGUGUCUGGGUAUUCCCUACUUCCUACUAUAUGAUUCAGCGUAGAAAGUAGUAAUCGUGCCCCCACCGCCUACCUACCCGUGUCUCCGUGUAGGUGCGUCCAAGUUCAAUGUCACUUUUUGAUUUUUAUUAAAUAAAUUCAAUUAUAUCAGCCCCA